AUGAGUAACGAAACCGCCAAUAAUCUUCUUCAAAUGCAAAGAGAACUUCAAUCAAGAAGCUCGGCUACUUUUGUGACAGAGAAUGUGCUAUUUUCCUUAGGUGAGUCCACGACCAUAAUUGGAAACUUUCUAGCGCUGGUCAUCGUGUUAAGAAAUCACAACUUGAGACGGGCGAUUCCAAACACUCUGAUCGUCUCACUUUCUGUAUCCGGGUUCUUGAAUGGCAUAGCAGUGGUUCCAAUUUCGCACACUAGUCUGGCUGCAUCUGAGUGGCUCUUCGACGAUGUGGUUUGUCAAUUCCAAGGCUUCAUGGUUUUGUUGCUAGGGACUUGUUCGCUUUUGACCAUUGCCCUCAUGUCAAUAUCACGGUUUUAUAGCGUUGUCAAAAACAACCUUUAUCGUCGUUACUUCACCUUCAAAAGGACCCUAACCAUGAUAUUUGUGGUAUGGUCACUAGGGAUUUUAGCUCCCGUAAUGUUCCUUGUGACUGGACACAGGUUUGUAUUUAUUCCUGCAAAAGUAUUAUGCUAUGUACCUGUAGAAACAGAUUGGUUUCUCAUUUUGCUGGCCGUAUUCUACGUCGGCUUGCCAUCGCUUGUUGUACUUUUCUGUUAUUUUCAAAUAUUUCUAGCAGUAAAAAGACACAAAAAUACUGUCUUUACAUCUUCAAAGACAGGUGGUCCCAACGUCCAGGAAGUCAAAGUUACGCGUAUGAUGUUUGCUAUUGUGGUUUGUUUCUGUUUCUGCUGGUUUCCAGUCCUUCUCAUCGAACUUGUUGAUAUCAUUCGUAACUGUUGGUCUCUUCCAAGGCCUUUUUAUCUUAUGUUCACAUUGUUAGGGGGGUUGUCUAAUAUUUUUAAUCCUCUCAUAUACGGAUUUAUGAAUACUACAUUAAGAAAAGAAUUGAUAAAGUUUCUUAGACUGGGGAAAAGGCGUAAUGCUGUAAAACUCUUUCAUAGAGUUGAGAAGCAAGCACCGGCCUGACAGCUCAUCUCAAUCGCGCACAACACCGUUAAAACGCAAAGAGUGGAACUUAAAGAAACUGAAUAUGCCUUUUUUCGAUUUUUUAUUUAACAAAUAGACUUCCCUGAAAUGAUCUUUAUCAUUAACGAAAAGAACACAACGAUGUUGCCAUUUUUAUAACAAAUUUCGUGAAGAAUUUAAUGCCAAACAAGCUAAGAAUUGAAGUUAGCCAUCCCUUAGUCAAGUGAUUAUUCAGACGAAAAUUUGUUUAGC